AUUUUCUUUACAGGAAGUAUCGGAUUCAUAGCUUCUCAUUCUUUAUAUAAAGGAAUUAGGUUUGCACUUGAUAUGCUCAGUUCCUUACAGCACCACUACCCAUCUCUCAUUGAUCCUUAUUCUUCUUAUUUUCAUUUUUAAGUUUCAACCUUCCGAAAUGAAUCCUAAUUCUAUGAUUCAGCCUCAAGAUGAUUCCGAAAUGAAUCCUAAUUCUAUGAUUCAGCCUCAAGAUGAAGACGAUUAUGAUUAUCAAGAGGCUGCCGGGUUCCGCGAGUUUGUAAUGGAAGACAAAUGGGAAGAAGUUAUAAAAAAAUACGAAGAACAUGUAUUUUUUCACAGGAGAAGAAUAAAGGGAAGAGGAACAGCAUUACAUGUAGCAGUGAGUAAUGCCAACGAAGACAUUGUAAAACGUCUUGUAGAUGCAAUAGUAAAGCAUGAUGAUCAAAGUGGUUUUGAAAUAAAGACUGAAAGAGGUGAUACUCCUCUUCAUCUUGCAGCAUAUAGAGGAUUCAAAAGUAUGUGUGAAUGUAUCAUUGGAAAAAAUGGUGAAAGGAAGCAUUUGAUUCAAGUAAACAAUGCAAAGGGAGAAACACCACUUUUUUGUGCUGUGCUUGCACGCCAUAAAAAGACCUUUAUUUAUCUACAUCAGUUUUUCACAAAUGAUCUCAAUAUUGCUAUCAAUAAAGAUCGUGAUAACAUCCUUCACGUUGCAAUUCAUAGAGAAAUGUUCGGUAUGGCAAAUAUAAUAAUGUAUUUGUACCCAAUUUUUCGCUCUACGAAGGACAAAGAUGGAGUCUCUCCUUUUGAAAUUCUUGCUACUAGGACAUCAGCUUUUGAGAGUAGUAAAAAUCAGCUAUCAUGGUGGAGGAAAAUUCUUUACAACUGCUGUGUUUCUGUCAAAGUCACAGAUCCAAGAACUAGAAUUAAAUUAUACGAUGAUGUUGAAGACGUUGCAGACCAAGAGAAAGGUGAUCAAAGAAUACCAUUAUACAAUGUUGAUGAAUUAGAAAAAGCAGGCAAAGUACAACAUACUCUUGCUCGACUAGAUUUUACUGCUAAAAUUUUAUGUUCCUGGGUUCAAAUGUCUGUAUUCACCAUAUGGCAUAUCCUGUUUUCAUCACCAAGAAAAAGAUGGUCUACUCAGUCAUUGUUGGGGGCAAUAAAGAGGGUUAAGAAGAACCACAUAUGCGGUAGCCAGCUCUUGGAAGCAUUUAUGAAAGAUCCUUAUGAAUCAUACAUGUGUGGUGGGGUAAAUCCCUUUGAUUACGGAGCACAUGAUGAAGAAAUAAAAGAGAAAAAUGAUAGUGUUGAAAAUUUCUGGCUUGAUCAACAGAAAGAUAAGGAUUCAGAAAGUAAAUCAAAACAAGAGAGAGAAGAAAAUCAAAAAUUGGAAGAUUCAGCAAAAAAUGUUGAAAAAGAUACGAUAUAUUUGGCAGUAGCAAGAAGUGGUGUCACUGAAAUUAUGGAUGAGCUUAAUUCAAAAGUAAAGGCAUCUGACAAGAAAGGCUUAUUACUUGUAGCAAUGAAGGAAUUAGAAGCAAAGAAAAGUGACACAAAUGAUACAGCAUAUUUGCGUGCAGCAAAACAUGGCAUAACCGAAAUCAUGCUUGCACUUGAAUCUAAUCUAAAAAGUGUGAUCCAUGAAACUAACUCUGACAACGAAAAUGCAUUACUUAUAGCAGUGAAAUAUAGACAGCCACAAGUUGUUGAAGGGUUGUGGAAGAGGCUUUCUAUGGAAACCUUUCAGAGCAUAAAUCAACAAGUUGAUAUCAAUGAAAACACCAUUUUACACUUAGCAGCAUUUACAGUAGCAAACAACGAAAACACUGCUUGGAGGAUAUCUGGUGCGGCCAUGCAAAUGAUGUGGGACAUCAAGUGGUACAAGUACAUUAAAAGACUAGUACCAGACCAUUACCAUCAUAGAAGCAACAAAGAAGGAAAAACCCCAGGUGAAAUCUUUAAGGAGGAACACAAAGAACUUCUACAAAGCAGCAUUGAGUGGUUGAAAGACACAUCAGAGUCAUGCUCAGUUGUAGCAGCACUCGUCGCAGGCGUCUCCUUUGCUACAUCAGGCAGUGUCCCUGGAGGCAAUGACCAAUCAGGGAAACCAAAUUUCGAAGGACAGCCUGCAUUUGAAGUAUUCUCGAUAUGUUCAUUAAUUGGACUUUACUUCUCGGUCACUGCACUAAUCAUGUUCCUUUCUAUACUCACUUCUCGAAAACAAGUCGAAGACUUCAAUAGAAACUUGCCAUUGAAACUUCUUUUUGGGUUAAGUUCUCUCUUCGUAGCCAUUGUUGCCAUGUUCAUUUCUUUCAUUGCUGGACACUACUUUGUGCUCACAGAUAAAUAUACCAAGAGUGGUAUCUUGUUCUAUUUAUAUAUUGCCAUUUGCUUGCCUAUCACAUUCUAUGGAGUUGUCCAGUUUCCAUUAUAUCUUGAUCUUGUCAAAGUUACUUGGAGGAAGGUGCCACCACCAAGUAUCAAGGGUGUUAAGCUGUAAAGGUGUUUAUUUUAUUGUAUUGCUUUGUGGAUUGAAACUCAUGAGUUUGGUUUGUACUUUUUUCUUUGACUCAUAGUUUGUUUUGUACUUGAGUAAUGUGUUGUGUGUUUAUUAUGUUUAGAGUACUGAUAUGAUUGUCUUGUAAUUUGACUAUGUUUGUAUCAUUAUAAGGUGUGAUAAGGAUUAUAUGAAGUUUCUACUGGUUCAUCCCCUAUCUCAUAUCUAAA